UUUGGUAUCGUGUGUACUUUGCAUAAUAUCGAUACAUUGUUGAUAAUGUGAUUGUUGGUCCUGUUUUGUGAAAUUUGUUUUUGGCUCGAAUCAGUUUCGCUCUGUAAGAACUGAUCCAAGGUGUUUUUGUCUGCAUCUUUAAUCUAAAUUUGAAUAAUAUAGUGAUCGAUAUAAUAUUUGAGUGCUAAAAUAAGUAAGUUGGGUAUUGAUAUUUACGUACUAAAAUGUUUUUAUGUAUUGUUCAAGCGUUUUUUUCGUUUCGACCGGCAAAUAUUGUAAUUGUGGAUUUCAAUUUAAUUCCCAUUUAAGUGACAAAUCUAAACAUUAAUUGUAGAAUUAUACAAAACGCAUUUCUUAUAACAAGUUGUACAGCAAAAGAAAGGCUUGGAGUAUCCAUAUACAUCAAAUCUUUUUAAAGGAAUCGACGAAAAUGGAAAUGUAAUAUAGGAAAGAAAUAAUUGUAAUUAUGACAACAACACCUUCCGUCGCGAUCGGGUCACAUCUUUCAGUAACGUCUCCAACUGUAAACGUUUGUCCGUCCAACAUGAUGCCAUUACAGCGGAUAUCAACAUCUUCACCCACAACCACGAAGUCGUCUCCAAUAUCUACAGAUAUAAAUGAGUUAUCGGCACAUUCUAGCGCACCGGCACAGCUUCUUUUUAAUAGACUUGUUUCAGUUGACCUGUCGCAACAGCGAAAUUCUCGUAACUUGCUUGUGGAGGAUCAACGGACGUUACAGCUCGCCUUGGAACUAUCUAUAGUAGGUUUAAAUGAUGCUGUCGCACUCCACGAACCUUUAAACUCAAAUAACAAUUGUAAUGAGUUCAAUUAUCAUGGGCAACAUUAUCAACAAAUUUCUAUUUCAAGAGAGCAAGAUGAAAAGAUGUGUGAAAAAUUUGAUAUAAAUACAAUGAAAGGUAUUAAAACACCUAUUCCUGCUGUAUCCAACAAUGUGAAUACUAAAGGUAAUAACAUCGGACUUACACCAAUCGACAAAAGUAGCAGAAGUAGCAGUGUAACAUUCAAUCAGUUGUCAGUGUCGAACCCAAUGCUAGUUACAACACUAGAAGAUCGCUCAAAGAAAUCCCAAAAUAUGACUGAGUGUGUACCAGUUCCAAGUUCAGAACAUGUCGCUGAAAUCGUCGGACGUCAAGGCUUACGAACAGAGACUAAGGAUGACCUUAAAUGCUCUUCAGCUGAAUCAGUUUAUGGCCAAAAACUGAGAUUUUCGGGUGAACUCAUUGUUUCCAAUCAAAAUUAUAAUAACGAAAUCGAGACCACAAAUAAAGUUCUUUAAUUUAAGGAAACUAUAAACAUUAGGCCCACCAUUUCUUCACUUAACACAAAUACACCAAAAAAUACCAAACAGAAGAAAGUUAUAUAAUAUUUAACCUAAACUAAUAUAAUUAAAUAUGCGUUUCACUGGAGUGGGAGGAAAUGUAGGAAUGUACUUUUUCAUUUUGUAACCAAUUUCGACAAUACUUCAAACAUUUUCAUUGCAUGAUUAUAAUUUUCCCUGUGAAGCAAAUAAUUUUUAAAAUAAAAAUACUUAUACUUACUUCACUGGCGCAGACGCUGCUUACGCGAUUAUAGCCGAGAUAAUAAAAUUGCGCUAUUUGUUUCUUCUCCUCCUGGUCUGUCCAACGGAGUUCACCGUUCUAUCGCCUACGGUAUUUGCAAUGCCAGUAUUGCCAAUGCGCAAAGGACAAUGACUCUUACGCAAAACAUUUAUCUCGAAAACCCCUAACGCCGACACAUCAGAUGUUGUCAUCGUCCAUGCUUCCGCACCAUAUAGCAGGGCGAGAACGAUGAGGGACUUGUAGAGUUUGGUUUUUGUUCGACGGUAGAAGACCUUACGUGUUGUUGAAAGUAGAUAUUAAGUUUUGUCCUCGUUCACUAGCAGCAGAACUAGCGCGCAGUUAUCAAGGCUUGUGAUACUAAGUUCUUCUAAGUUGCACACUUUUUAAAAAUAUAGAACCUUAUUUAUUUAGCUCUGUAGCUGUUUCUAUUUUCUUCAGCAUUAAAUGAAAGUUCCCACACGAUAAGGAGUCACACUGCUUAAAACCUCGAUUGAUACCGAAUUUUCAAAGUAGUAUUUUACAAUCCUGUUUGCGCCACUUUACAUAGCUCUCCUUCUGUGCUGAAGAAAGCAGCUUUAAUAUCUAUAAUAUUAAAUAUCUAGACAAUUGUUGAAUUACCAGGUCUAAAGACAUACUGAUAAAGUCCAAUUGGU